GGCAGCAGAGAGAGGAUGGACCGGGGAGGUGGCAGGGGCUCCAGAGGACCCGACCAGGACCAGGACCAGGACCGAGGAGGAGGAGGAGGAGGAGGAGGAGGGGGGCAGAUGGAGCGCCCUCCGCCGCAUCUGCGGGGCCGUGAGAUCGGCAUGUGGUACGCUCGGUACGGAGCCGUGCGGAGGAAACAAGCGGACCGCAGAUCGCGGGCGGUGGUCGGGAUGGAUGAAGCUCGAGAGCAGCACAUUACCAAGCUGCUCAACUCUGUCCAGAAUGACCAGCCUGGCCCAAGGAGAGACAGCAGGGAUGCAAGAGCCUCUACAUCUGAAAACUGGCAGUCCGCUGCCAGUAAUAGUGGUCACUGUUACUUUGACGGGGAUAAAGCUGAAGAAGAAAAAAUCGAAGAAGAAGCCCAGACCAAAGGAGGUCAAACAUCCCAACGUGACCUCUCCACAAGAGCAGUUAAAGAUGAGCCUCCAGAUAGUUGGGAUGAAGGUCAGGAACAGGAAGACCAAAAGCAAAUGCUAAGUGAAGACAAGGAUCUGGAGUUCUUGUUUCAAGACGUAGUCAGAGACGGGUCACAGGAUGAUUGCUUGAAAAGAGAUCUGCUUAACAAGAAAUCAGACACAAAGUACAAAGAAAUGCUGAAAUUCAGAGAAAAACUGCCAUCCUACAACAAAAGAGAGGAGCUGGUGAAGCUGAUCAACUCAAACCGUGUUCUGGUGGUGAGUGGAGAGACUGGGUGUGGAAAGACCACCCAGGUCACCCAGUUCAUCCUUGAUGACCACAUCAACAGGGGGAUGGGGUCCAUGUGCCGCGUGGUCUGCACGCAGCCUCGUCGCAUCAGUGCCAUCUCGGUAGCAGAGCGUGUAGCUGCUGAGAGGGCAGAAAGUGUGGGAAAUGGAAAUUCAUGUGGUUACCAAAUCCGCCUGCAGAGCCGGUUACCACGGAGACAAGGUUCGAUCCUGUACUGCACAACCGGCAUUAUUCUUCAGUGGCUUCGCUCGGAUCCGUUGCUGUCUAGUAUCAGUCACCUGGUGUUAGACGAGAUUCACGAGCGGAACCUCCAGUCUGACGUCUUGCUCAUCAUCGUGAAGGAGUUACUCCAACUCCGAGAUGACCUCAAAAUUGUCCUCAUGAGUGCCACACUCAACGCGGAGAAGUUUUCUAAAUAUUUUGCAAAUUGUCCAGUGAUCCACAUCCCUGGUCUGACGUUCCCAGUGGAGGAGUUCCUCCUUGAAGACAUUUUAGAGAUGACCAGGUAUCGUCCUCGUAAUCAGGACCGCCGACCCGCAUGGAAGAGAGGCUUCUGGCAGGGUCGUCAGUCCAGAUCUGAGAAGGAAGAAAAAGAGGCUGAAUACAAGGAAAGCUGGCCCAGUUAUGCACGCACACUGCAGGGCAGAUAUUCUGACGGCACAAUUGAGGCCCUGGAGAUGUUAGACAGUGAUGAGAAGAUUGAUCUGGAACUGAUCCUGGCUCUAAUCCGUUACAUUGUACUCAGUGAAGAGGAAGGUGCAAUCUUGGUCUUCCUGCCAGGUUGGGACAACAUCAGCACUCUGAAUGACCUGCUCAUGGCUCAGCAGAUGUUCAAAUCAGACAGGUUUGUUAUCAUCCCUCUGCACUCCCUAAUGCCCACCGUUAAUCAGACACAGGUGUUCAAAAGACCUCCCCCGGGAGUCAGAAAGAUUGUGAUCGCCACCAAUAUAGCUGAGACCAGCAUCACCAUAGAUGACGUCAUCUAUGUGAUAGACGGAGGCAAGAUUAAGGAGACCAACUUCGACACCAACAACAACAUCAGCACGAUGACGGCGGAGUGGGUUAGUUUGGCCAACGCCAAACAGAGGAAAGGGCGCGCUGGCAGAGUGUGUCCAGGAAAGUGCUAUCAUCUGUACAAUGGGCUCAGGGCCAGCCUGUUGGAGGCCUAUCAAUUACCUGAAAUUAUGAGGACGCCGCUAGAAGAGCUCUGCUUGCAAAUAAAGAUAUUGAAGCUUGGGUCAAUAAGUCGAUUCCUGGAGAAGGCACUGGACCCUCCCACUGAGAAGGCCGUCCACCUCGCCAUCAAGAACCUCACAGACCUGAACGCCCUGGACCAUUCAGAGAAUCUCACAGCGCUCGGUUUCCACCUGGCUCGCCUGCCCGUGGAGCCUCACAUCGGCAAACUCAUCCUGUUCGGAGCCCUGCUGGGAUGCCUGGACCCUGUACUGACCAUCGCUGCUUCUCUCAGCUUCAAAGACCCUUUCUUCAUACCACUGGGUAAAGAGAAGAUGGCAGACAUGAGGAGAAGGGUCUUGUCCAGGAACUCCAAGAGCGACCACCUCACUAUUGUCAAUGCUUUCCAGGGCUGGGAAGAAGCCAAGCAGCGCGGCGCCAGGUUUGAGAGAGACUUCUGCUGGGACAACUUCUUGUCUGCCAACACUCUCCAGAUGUUACGCAACAUGAAGAGUCAGUUUGCUGAACAUCUCGUGCACGCAGGGUUUGUUAGCAGCAAAGAUCCCAAAGACUCCAAAUCCAAUGUUAACUCGGACAAUGAGAAGUUAAUCAAAGCGGUGAUUGUGGCCGGGCUGUACCCUAAAGUGGCCAUGAUCAGACCGAGUCACAGCAAGAAGAGGCCAGGGGUGAAGGUGUAUACGCAGGCCGACGGGAAGGUGUGUAUCCAUCCCAAAUCUGUCAACGCUGAAGAGAAGGAGUUCAACUACACAUGGCUCAUUUACCACCUGAAGAUGAAGACGAGCAGCAUCUUCCUGUACGACUGCACUGAAGUGUCCCCGUUCUCGCUGCUGUUCUUCGGCGGAGACAUCACCAUCCAGAAAGACGGGGACCAGGAGACCAUCGCGGUGGACCAGUGGAUCGUCUUCAGCUCCCCAGCACGCAUCGCUUACCUUGUGAAGAGUUUAAAGAAGGAGCUGGACUCCCUGCUAGAGGAGAAGAUCAACAAUCCAGCUCCUGUGGACUGGAACAACCGCCAGUCCAAAGACUGUGCCGUCAUCACAGCCAUCAUAGACCUCAUAACCACCCAGGAGAAGCCCGGAGGCAGCAGCAAGGACUCCAGCAGGGCGUGGGCGUCUGCCCCGAGAGGACAGCACAGUCACUUCGAUGACGAUGACGACGACAAUGACUAGAGGUGGCCGAGCAGUUUAACUGGCAGCCAAGAGAAAAGCCUUUGCAAUCACGUGCAGCCUCCUCGGACACAGGUGUUAGUUGGAAAAUGUAUAAUAUCCAGCUGGAAUCAUUGAUGGUUUUACUUGGUUAAAAUUGUCCAGAGUGCUGCUGGAGGACAAGUGGAGACGGCUGCUGUCCUGAAAAAAUGAAAAUGCUCUGCACUUGAAUGAGUCUUUUUUCUUAUUUUGCAAGGACCGGCACAUGUUAAAAUACACACAGUAGCUGUUUUGUUUGUACAUUUCAGAUUUCUUUUUGUCUCAACGAUGCCACCUAAUUGCUGUGCAAUAAAAGUACACUCUA